UGGGAUCUUAGUUUCCUGACCAGGGAUUGAACCCACGCCCCUUGCAGUGGAAGCGCAGAGUCUUAACCACUGGACUGCCAGGGAAGUCCCCCCUAUUCACUCUUAACAUGCUUUCUGCUGCCUCACUUACAAAGGCGGCCUCAGCCCAGGCCACCUGCAAAUGCAAGCCUCAGCACAGGGCAGCAACCCAUCCCCAGCGCAGGUGCAGGUCUCAGAGGUGAUACCAUGCAGAAUGCAAACCCACCUCAAGCCUGGAGUCCUCUCCUCUGGGUUCCCCCACGUGGCUGCCCAAAGGCACACCCCACAUCUGGCUCUGCUCUAGUGCCCUCUGUCCACCUCACUGCUGCUUUGAUGCUCACUCCCUGCACACAGGUGGCUGCUGGGAGGAGCUGCCUUUUCAACUCAGGAUUGCACUGCACACUCCAGCCCUCUUGGAGCCCCAUGUACUUGAGGACAUGGCUGAAUCCUCUGCUGCCCACUAGCUGUGUACCUGUGUACCUGUCUGCCACCUCGGUUUCCCAUUUGUACAUGCGGGAUAGUAAUCCGCAUCUCACGGGGUGGAGAGGAGUCAAGGACUCAGCAACACAGAGAGGGGAGCACAGUGCCUGGCACUUGAGUAGAUCUUCCUACUUGGCCCUGUACAACAUCCUGAAUUUCCCUGCCGGUGUGGUGCCCGUCACCACCGUGAUGCUACAGGAUGAGGAGGAACUGGCCUUCUACAGGGGCUACUACAGAGAUCGUUCCGAAAAAAAUUUCCAGGAGGUGGUGAGAGGAUCUGUGGGGCUUUCGGCGACUGUGCAGGGCACUGCUUUGCCAUGAGAAGAGGAACUGUCUCCGGUUCAUGAAGGAGGUGGAGGCCUUGGUCAAGAAGCACAGGGAAUCCAAGCGACAAGACACUCCUUCUCCUGGAGGCCUUUCUACAUCCUCACUUAAGUCUGCUCUCGAUGUCCCUUCCUUCUCAUGAAUACCAGAUCUGCCUCAUUUCUCCUCCUCCUGGAAGCCCACCAGAGUUUUUCUUUGUUAUCCCUCUGCGUGUCUGCUCAAUACAGAUGCCCCAGAUUAUCCCAAGAUAGGGAGCAGGAUUAAGUGCUUAAUAAACAUUUUGACUGGC